UGGUUCAAACCGGUUUCGUGAGUCUGCGCAGUAAGUGUAAACAGGAAGAAGAGUGCAAAAUUAAACCGUGUCGACGAACGUUGCGUUACAUUGAUAGGAACGGUUUGAAGUCGCGAUGCAGGUGUAACGUUACAGUAAGCUUAAACGACAUUAAUUUAUGAUUAGCACAUGAUGUAAAGAGACUCGACAAAAGUCACUAGAGAAAACAUCGGGUAACGUCAAUGCUCAUUUGCGAUACUGACAUCGUUGAAACACGGGCCCUAUUCUCUUGCUCGAGAGCGAGCAGACAGUCCAGAUAUAAUACAGAAAGACUUUAAAACUGUAUGUGAAUCACUGUCGUGUUUUAACGAAGAAAUCUGCAGAUAACGUUAGUUCGUGCAGAAAAUCUGCAUCCGACAGAAGUCCGCUCCCUGCCGGUGACUCAAUGACCUACUAACCUAGUAACGGUAGUGUUUCUGCAGAAGAAAACCUCUGGCUGACGACUAGACUGAUACUUCCAACAUAAAUUGUUAAGCACAAUUCAGAAUGGUUCAGAAAGACAAAAUAAUCGAGUCGACACUGUCAGAAAGUGAAGCCAAUCCAGUGCCAAGCGAAGCUGUCGCGGAUUCGCAGUGUCCCGUGGACGAGCCCAGUGUCGGGGUUGAGCGAACAGGCCGCAGGAAGUUCAUCACUGGGGUGGUGGAGGGCUUCUAUGGACGGCCAUGGACUAUGGAACAAAGGAAAGAGCUUUUCAGGAGGCAGCAGAAAUGGGGUUUGAACACCUAUCUGUAUGCCCCAAAAGAUGACUACAAACACAGAAUGUUUUGGAGAGAAAUGUAUUCUGUUGAGGAAGCAGAACAACUUACAACAUUAAUAAGUGCUGCUAAAGAGCACGGGAUUGAGUUCAUUUAUGCCAUUUCCCCUGGCCUGGACAUUACAUUCUCAAAUCAGAAGGAAGUGUCAACACUCAAAAGGAAGUUAGACCAGGUCUCUCAUUUUGGGUGCAAGUCCUUUGCCUUACUUUUUGAUGACAUUGAUCAUAACAUCUGUCCAGCUGACAAGGAGGUAUUCAGCUCCUUUGCACAUGCUCAAGUGUCUAUCACCAAUGAGAUCUUCCAAUAUUUGGGAGAACCUGAAAUAUUUGUAUUUUGCCCCACAGAGUAUUGUGGAACAUUUUGUUAUCCAAAUGUGUCUCAGUCGCCUUACCUGCGCACAGUAGGAGAAAAGCUGCUUCCUGGUAUUGAGGUGCUGUGGACAGGUCCCAAGGUAGUUUCUAAAGACAUUACUGUUGAAUCUAUUGAAGAAGUCACAAAGAUACUGAGGAGAGCUCCUGUCAUCUGGGACAAUAUUCAUGCUAAUGACUACGAUCAGAAGAGACUUUUUUUGGGGCCUUAUAAAGGCAGGUCCACAGAACUCAUCCCUCGGCUGAAGGGAGUUCUCACCAACCCCAACUGUGAAUUUGAGUCUAAUUUUGUGGCCAUUCACACGUUAGCCACGUGGUACAAGUCUAACAUGAAUGGAGUGAGAAAAGAUGUUGUCAUGACGGACAGUGAAGACAGCACCGUGUCCAUCCAGAUAAAGUUGGAAAACGAAGGCAGUGAUGAGGAGUUAGAAACAGACAUCCUCUACAGCCCACAGAUCGCGCUCAAGCUGGCUCUCACUGAAUGGCUCAGCGAGUUUGGAGUGCCUCAUCAGUACAACAGUCGGCAGGUUCCUCACAGUGGAACUAAAAGCACUUCUAUAGAUGUUCCUGCACUCACUGUGCCCAGUCUAGGCAAUUCCACAUCAGUGACUACAGUCUUCCAACAGCCCAUCAUGAGUCCAACCUUGCCCCUUAGCGAUGAACUGCAUGUGCUUGGCAAAGAAGAGGAGGUGGAGGUGGAGAAGAAGGAGUCUGACGAAGAACCCAUGGAGAUGGUCGUGGAGAAACACGACGAGGUGGAAGACACUAAAAAUGUCAACCAGAUCCUCACAGAGAUUGUCAAGGCUAAAAUGACAGAAGAUCUCAGACCCAUGGACACAGACAAAGAGAGCCUGACAGAGUCCAAGUCCCCUGAGAUGUCCAUUCAAGAGGAUUCAGGCAGCGACAUUGCACCAAUGCAGACUGAUGAUCAGCUCAACAAGGAAGUGUUUGUUCCAGGCCCCAACGAGAAGCCAAUGUUAACUACUGAGCCACUUACUCUGGAGGAUCUGACCCUGCUAGCUGAACUCUUCUACCUGCCAUACGAACACGGUCCCAAAGCAGUACAGAUGCUGAAAGAGUUUAACUGGUUGAGAGCAAAUAGCAAUUAUGUUAGUGUAAACUCCAAAGCAAAGGAUCCAGAGAAGGUAGCUGAAUGGCAAUCUAGAGCGGAAACAUUUGAGGAGAUGUGCUGCUCCGUCAUCCAGAUGUUCACCAGACUCUCCAACUCAGCCAACAGGACCAUUCUUUACGACCUGUAUCCCUAUAUCUGGGAUAUAAAGAGUAUCGUCUCAAUGGUGAAAUCAUUUGUUCAGUGGUUAGGGUGUCGUAGUCAGUCGUCAGCACAGUUCUUAAGUGGCGACCAAGAGCCCUGGGCCUUUAGGGGCGGUCUAGCAGGAGAGUUCCAGAGACUGUUGCCAAUUGAUGGGGCUAAUGAUCUUUUCUACCAGCCACCACCACCAAUGCCAACUUCCAAAAUCUAUUCCAUAAGGCCUUACUUUCCCAAAGAUGAGUCUGCUGUCUACAAGAUCUGCAAAGAGAUGUUCACUGAGGGCUGUGACGGCAUCUCUUUCUCAGAUGAGUCACCAGACCUUAUUGGAGACAGGUUAGUAGGAGGUUUCCUGACGCUCAGCCCAGACUAUGGGUUUGUGCUUGAGGAUGAGGAAGGUAUCUGUGGCUAUGCUCUGGGCACUGUGGAUGUCAAACCUUUUGUGAAGAAAUGCAAGAUGAGUUGGAUUCCAUUCAUGCAGGAGAAAUACAACAAACCAGACACAGAGAAGGACCUGUCAGAAGCUGAGAAAAUGAUGCUAAGUUUCCAUGAGGAGGAGGAAGGCUUACCAGAAUCAUUCCUCAGUAACUUCCCAUCACUCAUUAAAGUGGACAUUCACGCAAAGGUUACUGACCCCAGUGUUGCCAAAAGCAUGAUGGGAUGUCUCCUCUCAUCAUUGAAAGCCAAUGGUUCACAUGGUGCUUUCUGUGAGGUCCGCCAGAUGGACAAACGGAUGUUGGACUUUUAUAGCAAACUGGGCUGCUUUGAAGUGGCCAAAAUGGAGGGAUUCCCAAAAGAUGUUAUAAUAAUGGGGAGGAGUUUGUGAAUCUGAGCUGCUGGAAAAAAAAAGAAAAAAAAAAAAAAAAAGAGUACAGCGGGAGCCUUGCAGAAAUUACACAAAGCUUUGGCCCCAACACGCUACCUGUUCAUGUGACUAUCACAAGUUUUGUAAUGGCAACUCUGGUGACUUGUAGCUUCAUUCACAUCAUAUCUCGAAUGCACUUCUAGAAAUGUAGGUGCUGUUAUUUCACUUUGCCAGUGCGUGGUGGAAGUGGGUGUACACGCAUGCACACAUUGGUGUGUUCAGAAAUGAAAAAAUAAUUGAAGUGGCUCUGCAAGGUUAAUUCAGGACGCAUGAGUAACUUUGAGUUUUUUUCUGGUGUACCGUUUGCUUGAGUUGGCCCACUAAAUCUCUUAAGAUAUGGCUGAGUUGCAGUUUGUGUUCAGUAUAUGUGCAUGUUUAAGUUAACGUCUAGUUCCUAGACUGAAAACUUGCCAUUACUUGAUAGGAGACAUCUUCACUUUACUGUUUUUAAUAUUUCAUUUCAGUGCUUUAUAUGUUCAAAGCAAUAAUCUAGAAGGACUUCAUAACUUCAUGUUAUUGCUUUCUAGGACAUUGUAAUACAUUUCCAGAUUCAAACAGGGUCUGUGAGCUCUCUUAUGGAGAACACAAGCUAUCCUUUGAGGUUUGGGAUGCUGCUCUAUUAUUUAGAAAAGAAAAAAAACUGAAAUUGAACUUUGAGCAGGCAGAAGUAAAUACAGUUCAAAUCUGUUGUCUUUAAGACUGCAUGGGGUACUUUUGUGUAAACCUUUAGCAUGUGUAUCUUUUAGGGAUAAAAUUUUUUAUUUUGUACAAAAACGCCUUUUGGCUCUUGCCCUUCUCUGGAAUAUAUUUGAGGGUAAUGAAAAAAGUAAUUUCCUACAGUUCUUUGUUUAAAAUGGUAAAUUAUACAAUUCUAAGACACAACAGGGUUGCAUUAAAAUUCUGAGAUGCUGAUGUUUACCAAAAGAAAAAGAAGUACAAAUUGUAUUGUAAACCUCAAGACCAAUGCCCUGACACUAAUCAAAAUGAAAACUGAAAAUAAAUGCUCGUACAUUAGUGAAUUAUCAUAAAGAUACCAGAGAUAUUUAUUUUUCUGAUGCCUGAAGAGAAUAACAUGGCUUGUUCUUUAAUGACCGUCUUCCUCUUUAUCAGUAUAUUUAAAAAUCCCUACAGUUGAAGUCCGCUCUGCAUUGUAAGUGCUAGGAUUGUUUUCCUGAAUGUAGCUGCGAAAGAAACUCUGUAUUUACUCCCUUUUUUUAACCAAAGUUACUAAGGUUUUUUUUUUUUUUUGUAUUGUAUAGUGCUAUAUUCUGAAAAACUAAAUGAGCACAAAAGGCUCCUGCAGAUUUCCAUGUAUAAUGUUUAAAAUGCCUGAGUUAAAGAAAAAUGUAAAUAGUUUUGUGCAUGUGAUGGGCCAACAGGUGGGGGUGUUUUUUUUUUUUUUUUUUUUUCUCUCCCAAUUAAGGGAAAUUUGUACCCCAAAAUUGGUUAUCUCUACAUGGCCUGUUGCUUCAUUUUAUUUUUGUCGAUCACAUCCAAUGUAAAGGGCUUUUCUUUUUUUAAAGUCAUAUCCAAUGUAUAUAUUUAAAAAAUGAAAACCUUUCUGUACUUUGAUGUAAUUAUGAUUCUGUAUAUGUAAUAUAGUUGUAAUUUCUGAAAGAGUUGUAUGUAGUUAAAAUGGCUAUUAAAAUGUUAAAUAGAAAAGAAAAAAAAUCAGUGGUUAGUGAGUUAAAUGAAAAAUGUUUUCUUGUGCCACAGUUUCUACACCUUGCGAAAAAAUGUUUGUCAUGGCUUUCUUAAAACGUUGCAGGUGGUAAAAUUGUAAAAUUUUAUUGCAUGCUAGUAUAUGUAAUUAACUGUCUUGGGGGGGUUAGUUAAAACGAAUAAAUGA